UUCUUGGUGACUUUCGACGCGUAAAUCUCUCAAUUCGUGUUUAUGCAACGAAAUAGAACGAUCGGCAGAAUGGAUUUAAGGAUGUGCACCGUCGUAUUUUUGUCAAUUUUAUACUUCAAUCUACCUCCAGCAACGAUUGCACUUCGAAGAUGCGUUCAUUGCAGAUCGAGAGGAGAGCUAGGCUCGUGUAAGGAUCCGUUUACGAUGAAUUCCACGCAAAUAGAUUUAGAAAGAGGCGUGGAUAUGGUACCCUGUGUAUCCGGUUGGUGCGGUAAAAUAAUCGAGAGUCAAAAUUUAAACAACGAAUACGGUACCGCCACGCAAAGACUGUGCUUUCAAAGAGGACCGGAUGAUGGCGAAGAAAGAUGCGCUUAUACUACGUGGAAUUAUAGAAAAGUUUACAUGUGCCUUUGUCUCGGAGAUCUUUGCAACGGAGCGAUAAACGCCAACAUAUCCUAUUCGUUACUAGCCUUGAUAUUAUGUAUUACCGUUCGAUGGAUCCUGUAAAUUUUUUCUAUAUUUUUCAUUGCCAAUGAUCCAAUAUAAUCUUUUAUCUCAGAAA